AUGUAGCGCAGGCGGCUCUGCUGCUGCAGCGUCAGGGAAGAGCUACCGAGAGAGGCUUCAGCAGCUCCCUCCACUUUGGGCAAACUUGCCGGUUUACCGCUUCUUCUUCUUCUUCUUCUUCUUCUUUUUUUUCUUUUUUUUUUUCUUUUUUUUUUUUUCCUUACGAGUGGGAAGCUUCUCAAUUGCCAUUCAACAUUUUAAAGCACAAGCCGCUCUGCCGUGAAAGCGUCUGAUCCACACUUCUCUGAAAGACACAGGAGGGAAUACACAAUUGCAGAUUUCACCCACUGUGGCGGUGCAGAUCACAGGAAACAACUGACUGAUACAAUUUUAUUUGCAAAUAGAACUCUGUUUUUUUUUUUUUUUUUUAAUCGCGUCGCGGCUCUUUUCCCCUCCCCUUUGCCAUUCCGCUUUAUAUGGAUGUAAUUCAGAAUCUGUGUUAAUUCACAUGGGGGAUCCAGUUACAUCUUGUUCCGCUCCGGGUAUAAUUACGAGAGACCAAUAAUCGCCUUUGGACACAUAGUUUUGUUGCUAACCUUUGAACUGAAAGGAUCAAGUUCAGAUCUGGUUACCUGCAUUGGGACGGGAAGGAAGAGGAGAGAGGGAGAGAGAGAGAGAGAGAGAGAGAGAGAGAGAGAGAGACUGCAAUCUCAUUUGUGAAUCGCUCUCAGUGCUGCAGAUCCAGAUUGCUUUAACACAUGCAGUGCAAAUGCAGGUAAGGCACACACACAAACUGCGGAUGCAAAAACAAACUUGGGACUGUUGUGUGUCUAUGUUCUUAUCUCCAGCCUUGCAAAUUCUGGGCAAACGGCUUCUGCAGUUUCUGUAUCGUUGCUUUGUGACUAAUGACCUUGCGCAGAGUUGUUAAAAAAAAAAUCCGCUCCGGAGAAAGAGCUGAACAUUUUAAGCGAUCUCUGAAGAUGGAUUUGGGUGCUUUUCUGCCAACCAAAGGGGAUAUUCUGUGGACUGCACUGUAAUACUCGGGGUUCUCCUAUCAGCUGUGCAGCGACCGACAUUAUUGGGAUUUUUUUUUUACUUUUUUUUUUUUUUUUUUUUUUUUUUUUAAGAACUGCCCAUUGCUAAGAGGAUUUGGAGUUUUCCCGGACCCAAGCCCUUUGAAUAAAGCAAAUCACAAUUUUUUUUUCCCCUGUGUGUGCAGAGAGGGGGAAGAAUAAAGCUAUUGCCUUGGUCGUAAACGGCUGAGAGGGAGAGAGAGAGAGAGAAAGAGAGAGAGAGAGAAAAGAGAGAGAGUGUGUGAAUUGUAGUUAACUCUAGUGUUGAAGACGACGACCUGGGGGGCUUCGAAUCGUACAGUACUGCUCCUGCUUUUAUUGCAAACCUUGCAAAGUGAUUACAGUAAAAUCAGAGAGGAGGAGGAGAAGGGGGAGGAGGAGGAAAAUCCCAUCCUAUCUACUGAGAUGAAUCUUUAAAAAGCAAAAUCCACUGUCCCGUGAACUGUAAGUAUAUCGGAACUGGAAGGCAGGGAGAGCAGCAGAGGAGCCAGCAGCAGGGUUUUGACCACCAAUUGCACCAGUCAUGAGACAAUAAGUUUCCAGAAAUAGAAGGAUUUUAUAACUGAUCACCUGGACUCUCAGCCGCACUGUUGGCUUAUCAGGGGAGUUUAUUGGGGGGCAGGUGGGAGUGAGAGGAGGGCGGGGGGGUUCGGUACGAGGAAGAUGAGGAAGAUGCGGACCCUCCUUCGCUUUGUGCAUUGCUGCUGCUGCUGCUUCUUGCUCCUCCUGCCUCCGCCGCUCCGGGUCAGCCUCGCAGCGGCUAAGCAGCUCCUGAAGUACCGGCUGGCCGAGGAGGGACCCGCCGACAUCCGCAUCGGCAACGUGGCUGCCGACCUGGGCAUCGUGACGGGCUCCGGAGAGGUGACAUUCAGCCUGGAGUCGGGCUCCGACUAUCUCAAGAUCGAUAACAUGACCGGGGAGCUGAGCACCACAGAGCGGCGCAUCGACCGCGAAAAGCUGCCGCAGUGCCAGAUGAUCUUCGACGAGAACGAGUGCUUCUUGGACUUCGAGGUGUCGGUCAUCGGCCCCUCGCAGAGCUGGGUGGACCUCUUCGAGGGCCGGGUCAUCAUCCUGGACAUCAACGACAACACCCCCACCUUCCCUUCCCCCGUCCUCACGCUCACCGUGGAGGAGAACCGGCCCGUGGGGACGCUCUACCUGCUCCCCACCGCCACCGACAGGGACUUCGGCCGCAACGGCAUCGAGCGCUACGAGCUGCUGCAGGAGCCCGGCGGGGACGGCGGCCGGCGCGGCGGCGGCGGCGGCGGCGGGGGCGGCUCGGCCGCGGCGGCCCCCGAGAGCGCCCCCUUCGCCGGCGGCAGCAAGCGGCGGCAGGAGGCGGAGGCGGCGGCCCGCAGCAGCGUCUUCGAGCUGCAGGUGGCCGACACCCUGGACGGGGAGAAGCAGCCGCAGCUGAUCGUCAAGGGGGCGCUGGACCGGGAGCAGCGCGACUCCUACGAGCUCAGCCUCCGCGUGCGGGACGGCGGCGACCCGGCGCGGUCCUCGCAGGCCAUCCUGAGGGUGCUCAUCACCGACGUGAACGACAACAGCCCACGCUUCGAGAAGAGCGUCUACGAGGCUGACCUGGCGGAGAACAGCAGCCCCGGGACCCCCAUCCUGCAGCUGCGAGCCACCGACCUGGACGUGGGGGUGAACGGGCAGAUCGAGUAUGUCUUCGGGGCGGCCACCGAGUCCGUCCGGCGCCUGCUGCGGCUGGACGAGACCUCGGGCUGGCUCAGCGUCUUGCACCGCAUCGACCGGGAGGAGGUGAACCAGCUUCGCUUCACUGUCAUGGCCCGAGACCGGGGCCAGCCCCCCAAGACAGACAAGGCCACUGUCGUGCUGAACAUCCGGGAUGAAAAUGACAACGUGCCCACCAUCGACAUCCGGAAAAUCGGGCGCAUCCCGCUCCGGGACGGGGUGGCAAGUGUGGCCGAGGACGUGCUGGUGGACACCCCCAUUGCCUUGGUGCAGGUGUCAGACAGGGACCAAGGUGAAAAUGGUGUGGUGACCUGCACCGUGGUGGGCGAUGUGCCCUUCCAGCUCAAACCGGCCAGUGAGGGAGAAGGGGAGCCGCAGAAUAAGCGCAAGUAUUUCCUCCACACCUCGGCCCCUCUGGAUUAUGAAGCUGUCCGUGACUACAACGUGGUGAUUGUGGCUGUGGACUCAGGAAGCCCCAGCUUGUCCAGCAACAACUCCUUGCUCGUGCGGGUGGGGGACACUAAUGACAACCCUCCCAUGUUCAGCCAGGCUGUGCUGGAGGUCUCCUUCCCAGAGAACAACUUGCCUGGUGAGAGGGUGGCCACAGUGGUUGCCACAGAUGCGGACAGUGGCAAGAAUGCCGAGAUCACCUAUUCCUUGGAGGCCUCACCCCUCUCCUCAGAGGCACCGGGCAGCAUCUUCAGCAUUGACCCUGACUCUGGGGAUGUGUCGGUGCAGGCAGUGCUGGACCGUGAGCAACGGGACACCUAUGAAUUUCAGGUGACAGCCCGGGACAAGGGGGUGCCAUCGCUGCAGGGCUCCACCACAGUGGUGGUGCGGGUGUCGGACCGCAAUGACAACGAGCCACGCUUCAUGCAGGAUGUGUUCACCUUCUAUGUGAAAGAAAACCUGCAGCCCAACAGCCCCGUGGGCAUGGUGACUGUGAUGGACUUUGACAAGGGCCGCAAUGCUGAGCUCAGCCUCUCCAUUCAGCCUGGAGACCACGAACAGGCAGCUGGAAUCUUCUCCAUCGAGAAUGACACUGGGACCAUUUUCUCCACUGUCUCUUUUGACCGCGAGCAGCAGACCAGCUACACCUUUAAGGUGAAGGCAGUGGACGGGGGAGAGCCACCACGGUCUGCCACAGCCACCGUGUCUCUCUUUGUGAUGGAUGAGAACGACAAUGCACCCACUGUCACCUUCCCCAGCAACAGCUCCUACACGGUGCUGCCACCCUCCAGCAACAUGCGCACCGUGGUGGCCACAGUGGUCGCCACUGAUGCUGACACAGGUCUCAACGCUGACCUCAACUACAGCAUUGUUGGGGGCAACCCCUUCAAACUCUUUGAAAUAGACCCGGCCAGUGGUGUGGUGUCACUGGUGGGCAAGUUGGCCCCCAAGCACUAUGGCCUGCACCGCCUGGUUGUGCAGGUGAAUGACAGUGGGCAGCCCCCCCAGUCCACCACUGCCCUGCUCCAUGUCUUUGUCAACGAGAGCCUGUCCAACGCCACCGUGGUGGAGAGCCAGGUGGCUCGCAGCCUUCACACCCCACUGGCCCAGGACAUUGCUGGCGAUCCCAGCUACGAGCUGAGCAAGCAGAGGCUUAGCAUAGUCAUUGGCGUGGUGGCUGGCAUCAUGACCGUCAUCCUUCUAAUCCUCGUGGUGGUCAUGGCCCGCUACUGCCGAUCCAAGGGCAAGCAUGGCUACGAGGCCGGCAAGAAGGACCAUGAGGAUUUCUUCACCCCCCAGCAGCAUGACAAGGCCAAGAAGCCCAAGAAGGACAAGAAAGGCAAGAAGGGCAAGCAGCCCCUCUACAGCAGCAUUGUUACUGUCGAGGCUUCCAAGCCCAAUGGGCAGCGCUACGACAGCGUGAACGAGAAGCUCUCGGACAGCCCUGGCAUGGGCCGAUAUCGCUCGGUCAAUGGUGGCCCAGGCAGCCCUGACCUGGCCAGGCACUACAAGUCGAGCUCACCGCUGCCCACGGUCCAGCUGCACCCGCAGUCCCCCACUGCUGGCAAAAAGCACCAGGCCGUGCAGGACCUGCCCCCAGCAAACACCUUCGUGGGCGCUGGCGACAACAUCUCCAUCGGCUCGGACCAUUGCUCCGAGUACAGCUGCCAGGCCAGCAGCAAGUACAGCAAGCAGCCGUUUCGUAGAGUGACGUUUUCUGUUGUGAGUCAGCCUCAGGACCCGCAUCAAGGGUCAUUGCAGAGUUGCUAUGACAGCGGUCUGGAGGAGUCAGAAACACCAAGCAGUAAGAGUUCAUCAGGGCCGAGACUGGGUGCCCUUCCACUCCCAGAGGACAACUACGAAAGGACUACGCCGGAUGGCAGUGUUGGUGAGGCAGAGCAUAUGGAAAAUGAUUCACGGCCUCUACCAGAUGUAGCCCUGACAGGGAAGUGCACCCGGGAAUGUGACGAAUACGGCCACUCAGACUCCUGCUGGAUGCCAGUCCGCACUUCUCCGGAGAGAAAGCAGAAGAGCCAGCCAAAACUCUCCACUUUCAUGCCUGUUGAUGAACGGGGCAGUCAGGAAAAGCUGGCCAAUGGAGAAGCCUCCCUCAUGGGUGACCGCAACAGAAACCUCCUUAACAAAAAGUUGACCUCAUCUUAUGAGACCUUCAGCGCAGCUAGUUUCAGCAAAAAUGAAGAAGGCAACCCAGAGGAUAUCCCCCUCACACAGACAGGGGAAUACAAGCCAUCUCCUGUCAAUACUCUAACUAGAAGAGAAGUUUACCUGUAGGCUAAAACAGCAGCGACAAAGUUCUUUCAUAAUAUAAGAAAGAAAUGGGGCAAAAGUCUUAAAAUCACAACAAUUUUAAGAAAAAACGUGAAACAAUAAAGAGGGGGCCACCAAAGAGACAAAAGAUCUGCCUGCCACUUCUGCCUCCAUAGCAGGCAUGUAAUUAUACUGUCUGCCUGACUAUACUGUACAAUGUAGAAAACAUUGCUGUUACUUGCAUGUCUAAUUCCCCCUUGCUGAUUUUUUAUUUUCCUAGAUCUAUGGUUGCAAAUUCCUCCCAUAGUAGCAAGCUUGAUUAAGAAAAGAACACGACACACUGUUGUUUCCCUCCUGCAGAAGCAUGAAUUAAGCCACUCAUUUUGUUUGUUUGUCAUCUGGCUUGUUGAGGAUAACAGGUCAGGGAAAAUGUAUUCGAAACAUACCAUCUGAAUAUUGCUGAUCCCCAUCAGGGACAAUCCUUCAGAAACCAUAAAGAUAUAGGAUAAAUAUAAAGGAAUAAUCAUUAAUAGGCACUUUGUGAAGACCACAGCUUUAAUAUUCUCACCUCUCAUCUGAGGCUGGAAGAAACAGAAAUAUGUUCAGCCUGAGACUGCAGUCAAAAACAUGGCAUACUUUCCCGUGAUUCAUGGACUCUGGUUCUGUUUAAUCCAUUGAACAAACCUGUCUUGCUGUGUCUCUUUCUCUCUUUCUCUCUCGUUCUCUGUAAUGAUUAUUUCAAUGUAAACACAAUUACUAACACUUAUACCAUAGGAUAGCAAUGAUAAACUGUUGAAAUCAUUAUUUUGGGCAAGACUAACAUUUAGCUGGGAAGAUUGUAAUUACAAAAAGGCCAAAGAUCACACAAUGGAUCAGGGGAACUGCUAAGUAUUGGGGCUUGACUUAGAAAAUAAGUGUAUUCACAAAAAACCCACAUGUACUCAUAACACAACUUCAGUUACAUUCUAUGCAGCAGCACAGUCCACAAGCCCAGAUGACAAUUUUUUUUUCCAGUGUGGUUCAGUUGAAUGCCCAAAGGAACUGAUGCUUCUUUUGUAAUGACAUGAUACAUUGCAGCACAUGCUGCCUGUUAUAUGCUGCAUAUGCUAGUUCCAGGGAAUUUUUAAGAUUAAAAUUAAAAAAUAAUAGUAGAAGAGAAGGCCGUGUUAGUGGGAAUGCUUGAUGGGAGGGAAAAAGGUGGACAAUGGGAUAAUGCAGUAACAAGAGAACAUUUCAACUCGGAUAAAAAAAGCUUCUUUUCAAAUUGCAAGGCAUGGUUGCUAAGUCUGGUCAUCAGUGUUGCAGCUUAUCAACUGCUUCAAUUAUGUCAAAGAUGAUGAUAAUGAAAGCUUUCUUGAAACCAAGUGCAUUAAAACCAAGAAACGUGCAAUACUAAAUGAUAUCAAUACUCAGAACAUUUAGCAUUAGUAAAAAAUGGUCUGAUAAACAGUGGUAUGAUACCUAGGAAGUCAAGAGGAGUUAAAAGUAGUCCAAGCUACGAUAUGCAAGAGCUGUAACAAUUAUCAUGGGGAGUGCAUCAUGAAAGGAAGAGGAAAUGAAACAGGGUUUUGUGCAAUAAGAGCAACAAAACAUGCAGAACAUCAACCAAUUGCUUUGUAGUUGAUGCUGUAUUAAUAAUCACAGACUGAGCUCAGACAUUCAGACAAAAGUGACAAUCAAACAGCACAGCAAGGACAGCUCAAGGACGGAGAAAGCAUUCAGAUCCCUGGCUGUUGAACUGGCACGAAGGCAUGGCGAGAUGGCUCUCUAGUAACUGUAGUCAUAAUGUAGCUUUGGGUAGUUUCUUUCUUGCUUUGAAGAAUUGCAUAGAAAUAACCUUAAACAGCCUAAGGUAGAGGUUGGUAAAUCAAAACAACUCAUCACAUUUAUCUUUUGAAUUCACUUCUCCAUAUAGUGGGUUGUGCCAUUACUGGCCCUUUCAUUCUCCUCUCUAAAGUUUACUUUCUUCAAGUAACAUUAGUUUGUGUAUAGCAGUUAUGAUGAACGGGCACAUUUUAGAAAGAAAAUAUUAAAAUCAAAGAUUAUUAACGAUUGAACAUUUUUAUGUUUAAUUAUUUAAGUAAUACGGGGAGAUGCAAGCUAGUACUUUGUUAUGAGACUGCAUAUAGCAGUUACUGCUUUGUAUAAUCUGUAAGUACCUGUUUAAAAAUGCUUCUAAAAAUGCUUAUGUAAUGUAAACACAUUUUUCUUGCACGUUUCAACAGAAUACACAAUUGCAUAACACAAAUGUUCAACAGAACUUCCUUUAAUAAGAUUUUAUUUAAUAUUACACACAAGAAAAUAAAUUAGGUAGCUGGGUUCCAUAUAUUCUUAGACACUUUUUCUACAGGGGUAAUAAUACAGGUCAUAAUAGACCUUCAGAUUAAAUGGAUCAGCAGUCAUUCACCAAUUUUUGCACCACGUAAGACAGUCAUGAAAUAAUUUUCUUGUGUGCAUCUCCUUAGAUCUAAAAUGUGUGAAAGAAUUUUUUAAAAAUUCUAUCUACUGUAAGUAUUCACAGUAAUUCUUGUGGAACUAGCCACUAUUAAUAUGCUGAUUACUCUUCUGACCUGGCAUGACAUACAAAUAUAUUUUGUGUUUGUAUUUUUCCUCUUUAUUUGAAAUAGGUUAAAUCUGGUGCCACUCCAUAAAUAGAGUGCUUUUGUAUAAAAA